AUGAAGUCUGUGAGGGAGAGAAAUAUUGUUAAUGAUCUUCACUCUGAGAUUGUAUGUGACUUACAAUUUAUGUUGGAUGAGUAUAAUGUGCUGGUAAAGUCAUUCCGUUUGGCUAAAGAAAUGAUCAAUCAACAAAAUCCAUCAAAUGUGAAAUUGAGGUUGCUUGGUAAAAGAGGUAGGGAUGGAAGGACUUAUAACCUACCUUCUGUUUCUGAGGUAGCCAUGCUUGUGGUUGGGGAUUUUGACCACGCAUUGGGUGAUAGAGACAUUAUUGUUGAAAAACAGUCAGGGAAUCUACAACGCAUUAGUGAACUUCAUCCUUCUUAUCUUGCAUUGCAAUAUCCGUUGUUGUUCCCUUAUGGGGAGGAUGGUUAUACAGAAUUCAUAGGUUUUUCUGAUUCUUCUACUUCCUCAUCGACCAAUAGAAAGAGAGUUAGCCCUAAAGAGUUUUUUUCGUACCGCAUGCAUGAUAGAGUUGCUGAGUGUUCUAUUAUUUUGUAUGCGAAGCGAUUGUUUCAACAAUUUAUUGUGGACGCAUACACUAUGAUUGAAUCUGGACGAUUGACGUUUGUUCGAACCCAACAAAAGAAAUUGCGUGCUGAAAUUUAUAGCGGGUUGGAGGAGGCCGUUCUACGUGGUGAAACUGAUAGUUCCAGACAUGGGAAACGAGUUAUCUUGCCUUCCAGUUUUGUUGGUGGUGCCCGGUAUAUGAUUCAGAAUUACCAAGAUGCGAUGGCUAUAUGUAGAUGGAUUGGAUAUCCAAAUCUUUUUAUAACAUUUACGUGCAAUCCUAAGUGGCCUGAGAUUGGGAGGUUUGUUGGGCCUAGGGGUCUAAAAUCAGAUGACCGUCCUAAUAUCGUUAGUAGAAUGUUUAAAGUGAAGUUGGAUGGUUUCAUAAGGGAUGUUAAGAGUAAAAAAAUAUUUGGAGCCGUUAAAGCAGUUAUUUACACCAUUGAGUUUCAGAAACGUGGAUUGCCCCAUGCACAUAUUUUGUUAUUUUUAAGCAAUGAGGAUAAACAACCUCAUCCUCGACGCAUUGAUGAAAUUAUAUCUGCUGAAAUUCCUGAUCCAUUGAUUGAUCCUUAUUAUUAUGAGUGCGUCAAAGAACUUAUGAUGCAUGGUCCGUGUGGUGUUGUUCGAAAAUCAUCCCCUUGCAUGCGUGAUGGACGUUGCACUAAGUAUUAUCCCAAGAAAUUUGUUGCUGAUACAAUCUUUGAUGACGAUGGUUAUCCCAUUUAUAGGCGUAGAGAUAAUGGUCUGGUUGUGUUGAAGGAUGGUGUUUCUUUGGAUAACAGAUAUGUUGUUCCUCACAAUCGUUUUCUCCUUAUGAAAUAUGGUGGUCAUAUUAAUGUUGAGUGGUGCAAUCAGUCCCGGUCAAUCAAGUAUUUGUUCAAAUAUGUACAUAAGGGUUAUGAUAGGGUGACAACAUCUUUUUUCCAAUCUGGAGUUGAUGGUGUUGAAAAAAAUCUGGAUGAAGUAAGUUUGUAUUAUGAUUGUAGAUAUGUAUCAUCUUGUGAAGCUGCUUGGAGAAUUUUUGGGUUUGAGAUUCAAUACAAGGAUCCUUCAGUUGAACGGUUGAGUUUUCAUCUUCCUAAUGAACAACGUAUCAUUUUUGAUGAAGCCGAUUCGUUGGAUAAUGUCCUGAAUCGUAGGACAAUUCAUGAGAGUAAGUUCUUAGGUUGGAUGGAGGCAAAUAAGAUAUAUUCUGAAGGGAGAAAUUUGACAUAUGGCGAAUUUCCGACCAAGUUUGUGUGGAAGAAAGAUCAUUGGCAACCUAGAAAACAACGUUAUUCGAUUGGGAGGUUGUUUUAUGUUGCUCCUGGUUCUGGUGAUAUGUAUUACUUGAGAUGUUUGUUGAAUGUCGUUAAGGGAGCUACAUGCUAUGAGGAUCUUAGAUUUGUUAAUGGUGUUCAAUAUGAUACAUUUAGAGAUGCAUGCUUCGCUUUAGGAUUGUUGGAUGAUGAUAAGGAGUAUAUUGAUGGAAUUGUUGAGGCUUCUUUUUGGUCAUCUGCCCAUUCACUAAGAUUGUUGUUUGUAAGUCUGUUGUCAUCGGAAUCUGUUUCUCGACCGGAUGUUGUAUGGAAAAAGUGUUGGAAACAUUUAUCCGAUGAUGUUGUUAAUAACCAAAGAAUAUUAAGGAAUCAACCAGGUUUGGUUCUGAGUGAUGAUGAAAUUCAGAAUUUUGUGUUGGCGGAUAUUGAGAAAUUGUUAAUGAAUGUUGGUAAAAGUUUGCGUGAUUACCAUGGUAUGUCGUAUCUAGAAUCGCAGUAUUUUGAAACAUCUCAAAAUACAUUGAUCAGCGAUGAGUUGUGUUAUGAUCGUGAAGCUUUAGGAAGAGAACACUUGGAAUUUCUUUCAAAGUUCACGGAUGAGCAACUUCAUGUUCAUGAUACGAUAAUGUCGUCUGUGAAUUCGACUGAAGGAAGAAUGUUUUUUGUUUAUGGUUAUGGAGGGACUGGAAAAACAUUUAUCUGGAGGUCUUUGUCAGCAGGGAUUCGUUCGAAGGGAGGUAUUGUGUUAAAUGUGGCGUCCAGUGGCAUAGCCUCUUUAUUGUUACCUGGAGGUAGAACCGCCCACUCACGCUUUAAGAUUCCUAUCAAUGUUAAUGAAGAUUCUAUGUGCAAUAUAAAACAAGGUACGGAUCUUGCCGAGCUUAUCAUAAGGUCGAAACUUAUCAUAUGGGAUGAAGCUCCGAUGAUUCAUAAACAUUGCAUAGAAGCCGUUGAUAGGACUUUUAGAGAUAUUCUUCGUGUGUUUAGUGAGUCCAGUAUGGACAAACCGUUCGGUGGAAAAACUAUAGUUUUUGGUGGUGAUUUUAGACAAAUAUUACCUGUUGUUCCUAAAGGGAGUCGACAGAAUGUUGUGAAUGCCACCAUUAACUCUUCAUAUCUUUGGAGUAAUUGUACAGUGUUGAGGUUGACCAGAAACAUGAGACUGUUGAGUGUUGAAUCUUCUUUUGAAGCUUCUAAGUUGGAGGAGUUUUCAUCUUGGGUUGCUUCUAUAGGUGAUGGAGUUGUUGGUGGUCCGAAUGAUGGUGAAGUCGUAAUUGAUCUUCCCUCUGACAUUUUACUGUCUAAUACUGGAGAUCCUCUUAAAACCAUUGUUGAGAACAUAUAUCCUUCUUAUAUGGAUCCUGAAGAGUUGAGCAAUUGUUUGCAUGAUCGUGCUAUACUUGCUCCCACGCUUGAUGUUGUUGAUGAGGUUAACCAGUUCAUGAUUUCGAUGGAUCAGUCUCAAGGUCGGGUAUAUUUGAGCUCUGAUAGCAUUUCAAAUUCAGAUUCCACAUCGAAUGGUUUAGCUGAGAUACAUUCAGUUGAAUUUUUGAAUAAUUUGAAGUGGUCAGGUACCCCUAAUCAUGAAUUGAUGUUGAAAGUUGGAACUCCUGUAAUGUUGUUAAGAAACAUAGAUCAUUCUAAUGGUUUGUGUAAUGGCACCAGAUUGAUAAUCACCCGGUUAGGUGAUUAUGUUUUGGAGGCCCGUGUCUUGGGGGGGCAUAAUAUUGGUCAUAGAGUUUUGAUUCCGCGAAUGUCAUUGAUACCGUCUGAUCCAAGGCUACCUUUCAGAUUCCAACGACGCCAAUUUCCUUUGUCUGUAUCAUAUACAAUGACCAUUAACAAAAGUCAAGGCCAAUCUCUAUCUCAUGUUGGAUUAUUUUUGAAAAAACCGGUCUUUAGUCAUGGACAACUUUAUAUUGCUAUAUCUAGAGUCACAAGUCGUGAAGGUUUGAAGAUUUUAGUGUGUGGGGAUGAGAAUGAUAGUAGAAGUGAUUCUACUCUUAAUGUUGUUUACAAAGAAGUCUUUCAAAAUGUAUGA